AGGAGAAUAAAGGGUGACUACUCCAAGAUUUAUUCCAGUGAGGGAUUAAUUACCUCUAAUUACAAAAAAAAGCGGAGGCUCUAGAUCCGCUCCGCUGCCCCCCCAUCGCAUCUCUUUCGCUCUGUUUUUAUUUAAAAAUCUUCACUUUUUUUCUUUUUUAAUUUUUUUUUUCUCAUUUCCUGGGAUUUUCUCCUCCGUCUGUCACCGCCCGCUCCGCCGUACAGCCACCCUAUUUCCAGCUGUACUGCCGCUGUUGCAUUUAUAACCGCCUCAGUUUCCAUGUACCUCCAUCUCUCGUACGCGUAAACACACCGCAAUUGUUGUGUGGCAUUCUGAAUGAGUGGAGGAACACACACAAUUGUGAGACAUUCGUCUUUUGAAUGAGUGGAGUUUACGCGAUCAGUUUAUGCGGACGGAAUUCGAGUGAAAUUUCGUGUAUGCAAGAGAGAUCCAGGACGUUCUGGAGGCUUUGGAUCCCCGGUGAAACGCGUAACUCGAUGCCGGUUGGGUUCGCGGUGGUUCGGGUGUGUGAGGGUGCUUGAUUUCGUGUUGUAUUUGAUUGAUCCAAGUCGAGGAAUGUAUCUGUUAUCGUAAAGUGUAGACUUUUUGUUUGCUCGGUGUGUUAUUGUCCGCCUCCGUGAAUUAAGAUAUUGUUCCAGUAAAUAUGCAAUCGUGAUACUUGGAUGAUUCUGGAUCUGUUUACUUAGAGAGUUAUAGGAUGAAGGGAGGCGCUCAAGGAAUGAAGAUUUCACAGGUUUCCCUUGUCCUCAUUGGGUUAGUGUGUCUGACCGUGCUUGCAUUGGCAUGGACAAAGACCACAUUUCUCACCUCUUUCAGCCCAACUCAGAGUCGUGUCCUGCAACUGGAUCUAGAAGAAGGUCCGAAAGAAAUUUUGGAGGGAAAGAAUAAUUCAGUACAAACAGGGAUAAAACAAGUUGAAUCACUCAGUUCUUCAGGGACAGAGGUAGCAGUUGAGAUGGGAAAUACUGAAAAUGUGGCAAUUACCGACAAGGGAGAAAAUCCUGCUAGUGUUCCAGACAAACUUCUGGGAGGAAAAAGUAAAUCAAAACAAGCAGAGAUUGCACUAGAGAACUCAUUAACUGUAGAUUCUUCCGCUGUAAAAGAACAAACAAGAAACUUGUCAGCUAAUACUGGAAAGAAAGAAAGUCUACCUACUGUUCUAGAAAGAACGGGAUCAGAAGAUUCUGGAGUAAAGGAUAAAUCAAAACAAGGAGAGACCACACGACAGAAACCUUUAGCUGUGGAGCCAUCUGUCAAGAGAGAGCAAACACGAAACUCGUCAGCUACCAGCGGAGAGAAAGAUUGUAAUUAUGCCCAAGGUAAAUGGGUCUUUGAUGAUAACUGGCCGUUAUAUUCUGGCUAUGGUUGUAAGCAAUGGUUGUCACCGAUGUGGGCUUGUCGCCUGACGCAGCGGACAGAUUUUGAAUAUGAAAGAUUACGUUGGCAACCCAGAGAUUGUAAAAUGGAACACUUCACUGGUCGCAAGUUCCUACAGAGAAUGAGGCACAAAACUCUGGCUUUUGUUGGGGAUUCACUGGGUAGACAGCAGUUCCAAUCUCUCAUGUGCAUGGUGACAGGUGGGGAAGAAAGACCUGAAGUUCAAGAUGUAGGGUAUCAAUAUGGUCUUGUUAAAGCCCGUGGUGCUGUAAGGCCCGAUGGAUGGGCUUACCGGUUCCCUCGUUUUAAUGCCACCAUCCUCUACUAUUGGUCAGCAAGUCUUUGUGAUUUGGAGCCUAUUAAUGCAUCUAACCCGCACACUGAUAUUGCCAUGCACCUGGAUCGUCCCCCAGCAUUUCUACGCCGGUUUCUUCAUGGAUUUGAUGUUCUCGUUCUGAACACAGGACACCAUUGGAAUAGAGGAAAACUUAAUGCCAAUCGGUGGGUCAUGUAUGUCGGGGGUGUCCCCAAUAAAAAUAGGAAGAUUGCAGAAAUUGGAGGAGCAAAAAAUCUUACGGUUCAUAGCAUCGUAAAAUGGGUGGAUUCACAACUCCCAUUAUAUCCACAUCUACAAGCAUUUUUGCGCACUAUGUCACCCAGGCAUUUCUUCAAUGGGGACUGGAACACUGGAGGCACUUGUGACAACACUACUCCACUCUCUGGUGGGAAGGAAGUAGUACAAGAAAAAUCUAGUGAUCCUGUUACUGCAUCAGCAGUGACAGGAACUGGUGUAAAACUUCUCGAUAUAACUGCUCUCUCUCAGUUGAGAGACGAGGCCCAUAUAUCCCGUUACAGCAUUAGAGCCACACCUGGAAUGCAGGAUUGCUUGCAUUGGUGCUUACCUGGUCUUCCUGAUACAUGGAAUGAAAUUUUAUUCGCACAAAUCUCCAGCCCAACAAAAUCAUGAGACGAGCAAUAUUACUUGGUUCUACAUCCAUCAACAGGAGCUACAAACGCUUCCCAAAAUGAGAACAUUAUGUGGUACAGCAGAUGUAAGCAUUGAGAUUGCGACCGACAUUAAUCAACCUGAGGAGCAAGUUUUGAUUGAUACAUAUAGAAUAAUUUGUUCUGCCUUUCUCCAUAACCUUUCCUUUUUGAGGUAGUUCAUAUUUGUGUGUUGUCCUGUUAGGUUAUUUAUAAUUAUUUCCUUUGACACAGCUUCAGGUCUCACUUAAUACACCAUGUUAUCCCACAGUCAGAUGGGAGAAUACGGCAUGUACGGAUCGAUGAUGCAAAAUUAUUAGGUUAUUUAGCAAGUUGGUUGUCUUUUCCGCUAAUCUUGUUUGUCGAUGUGUAGCAUAUAUUUAUAUAGCAAAGAAAAUACAGAAUAAGCGUUGCUG